UGAAUGAUUGGAAUCAUAACGAUUUCUCAAUUUCAUUCUCUUCUCUGUCUCAAUGCCCAAAUCGGGUUGUGUUAUUGGAGAAAUCGGAGCUUCGACUCAUGCAUUAUAAGAGCUUUAUCUUGCACAAUUUCGAAAUCAGCGUCCUCGUUUUCGAAUUCGCUGAAUCGUUGAACGGUUUUGUGAUUAAGGAGGAGUGGGAAUUGGAUUGUUGAACGGUUUUUGUGAUUAAGGAGGAGGAGGAUCGGAGAUGGCGGCGGGUGCAAUGGUGACGGCAACAGGAGCAGUUGUGAUUCUAUACUUACUGAGCCGUCGGAUCGUGUGGGCGAGAAACGGGGAAGAUGAUCCAGGAGGUGAAUUGGGUAAAUCAGGUAGAUCCGGAAGGAGGAGGAUUGUUAGGAGACCGGCUCAAGCGCCGGCGACUUGGCUUGAGACUAUUUCAACUUUAUCAGAGACGUUACGUUUUACGUAUUCAGAGACUCUGGGCAAAUGGCCUAUCGCUGAUCUCGCUUUUGGUAUUAACUAUUUGAUGCGUAGACAGGGAAACUUCUCAACUGCUAGUGUUUAUGCUGGAAGUAAUUGUAUAGAGUUAAAAGGACCACAUAUUAUCAUGGAGUUGACAGAGCUACUGAGAUUUUUGACCCUCUGUAUGCUUUUCUCCAAGAAGCCAUUUCCCGUGUUUCUGGAGACUGCCGGUUAUACUCAUGAAGAUGUCCUUCUUCAGAAGCCUAAAGCAGGGUUUUCCCAAACCGAGUUGCAGCUUUUGGAUUCCUGUUACAGGUCACACGAGCUUGUGGAGUCUCCUUCGGGACAACGUUUCCUAGUCAAAUGGUAUGUCGGAAGCCCUACGAUGAAGUAUUUAGCAUUCAAUUGUGGCGGCACAAAGCGGUUCAUGGUUUUUAGAGAGGAGGAAGAUAUGAACAUGUCUUACACAGAAGACAUUGGUGAUCUCUGCAUAUUCCUCGGCAAUAACGAGCCUUUUUGUGUCAAGGCCAGCUCAUUCCCUGGCCUAAAACCUAAUUUCAUCUAUUUCCUCGGUGAAGGGUAUGGUGAAGGCUACGGUGUUUACGAUAUCGCCACUAUAACCCCACGUUCCUUCACACCCAAGUCUACACCAGUUUUCUGCUCGGGAUAA